UCCCCAAUGGCAUUGCAAACGACUCAGUGAUGGCACGCAGAAGUUCGGAACGUAUGUUCUUCCAGCUCGUCGCAUUUGCAGCUUCAUUUAUCUCGUGUAGAGUGGGAGAUGGUUCCCGCACAACAUCGUGAUCAUGAUACACAUCAGAGAAAACGACAGCAUGAUCUUCAUCACGAACUUCAUCAUGACGCAUUUCACUGCCGGAAGGAGCCUCACUCGCUUCUUCCUCUGCAGAAAUAGCCACACCACCUCCACCUCGCCUGCCUCUAGGGACUAUUAUCUUAGUAGCAGGGCUACUCGUACUUCUCUGGGUGACUUUUAAUCUUGGCAAUCGAACUUUCAUUCGCCAUGCCAUCGCAGAAUCUUUUAGCAGGCACGCGAUAGGUACAAAAGGGUUAUAGCGAAAACCACGGCCCAGUGGCCACGCGCGCAAAGUUCAAUGAUUUACCCACUUCCGACUGGAAGAAGGUUUCAGGAUCGGGUGACACAUCCCACUUUUUGCGAUCUGCACUGGAGAUCUGGGGCGAAUGGCAGCUCUGCGGAACGCAUUCGUGUCUCCUCCGAUCGGUACAGAGAGGAAGAUGGCUGGAUUGCGCCUCCUGCAGCCGAGUAUUCAGGCUGAUCCCGCCUCCAUGCGAGCCGAAGAGCUCUCCGGGUUAUCUGGACUGAUGGCGGAUCACGGAGAAGAGGAGGAAGAGAGACUCACGGACGAGGAGUACGAGAUCGUGCAGCGAGACGAGGCCAGGGACAUCCCGAGCGAGUUUCUCCACAGCUACGGUACGAUGAGUCCUGGCUCUAGAAGAAGGCGACGUCGGAAGAGGAAAAAUUCGUGGAGACGGCGCUCCGGAUCCUACUCACCUCUCGUCCCUUCUCCUCGGUCUCGCCACUACCACCACCACCAGCAGCAGCCUUACUUCUCUCUCUCGCCGCAAGCCCUCAGAGAAGGCGAGGGACGUGAGCUGGAGCCCCGCGUGCAGCGGCCGUGGGGUAGCACCUCUGCUGUUUCGCAGGUCAGCUAGAAUGCAAAACACAAAAUUCCUGUGGAGUAUCUCUGGAUGAGGAUGACAGAACACACACAAAAAGUUUCUUACUUUUUAGCAAGCGAACAGGCCAGCUUACCAUCGCUGAAUACUUUUGGUACACUCAGGUUUGGACGAUCUAUUAACUCGAGCAAGUGGAGGAAAGUGCAAACCAACCUUGACUGGAGAAUACAGCAUGUAUAUAUAGUUAUGGUGGUCUAAAGUUUUCUAGCAGGUGUGGACUAUCCGUCCAGCAUGUCUCAACAACUAGGUAACGAGGUAGAAAGGCAAGGCAAACAAGUCAACUACAGGACAGCUAGAAAAGAUCGAUGCAAAACAAACCACAAGUACAUAUAUAUAUAUCCAAUAAAUGUGAGGUCAUGGGAAAAGACUGUGAUAAAUGGUAGUAGUGUGAAUUGAUGAGGUAACCUUAGCUGAGUCGGCACAUCCUCAAUUCAUGAAUCCCAGGAUUCAUUGUUAGCCCAUAGAUUCGUUGCCAUGGAGUGUAGUCAGGAAUGCUGUUACUUGAUGAUGAUGUCACACACUCCCUCCCUCUAGAAUGCAGACUACGACAAGUUGAUUACUCACCACCACCACUUCGCCAUGACGACCGACCACGACCACGACAACGAGGAUUCCUAUAGCAACGACACCUCGAGCGAGGAGGACGAGCCCCCAAUUAUGGAGCUAAUUUACCGUCGGACGUGCAAAGACAAAGUGAAACUAAUAGUUUUCCCUCUCCUAUAUUUCAUGUUCUUCGCCAUCGCUGGAGUGUUUGCGUUCUACUCCAUCGAGGCUCUUAUUGUGUCUUACAAUCAUCGCGUUCGAACGGCCAGUUACAUCACUGUUGAGGAGUAUGCCCCUAUUGGAAUUGCUCUAUUCCCUCAGGUGUGUGUGUGAGAGAGAGAGGAGAGAAACUAGAUAGAGGGACGAGAAGGGAUGAAUGGAGAAGAGUACGACAGAGGUGGCAUGGGAUGAAACCUGUUCUUGCCAUGUCACCCACACAGAUCCUCUAAACUUCGUUUUACGCCAUACAAAUACACUAUGUCUCUGGAUAAAGAAUAUUUCACUGUAUGUUGUGUGUUGUGUGUCGUCAGGAUUUUGCUACCUAUGAAAACUGUCAGUUCAAGUACGGCGACGACCUUUCACCUCACGGGGGUAACUGGACACCUCUCACUCCAGUAGACGUUCUGGACAACUGCAGUACAUUCAUCAACGUCACUUUCACCUCCUCACUUGUCAAUGAGAACAGAACUGCCAUGGUCUUCAGGGGUCCGACGAGGGUGAACCUCAAACAGAGUCUGUGGCUCAAUUUCUCCAUCGACACGACAAAGAGAGAGUUUGGAGCCAUGGAGUUCCUCAUCUUCAGCGACUGGAGAGAUCUGGAUGCCAUGACAGCUGCCGAGAGAGCCAACUACCUGGCUCAGGAAGAGGCCAAGCAGCCUCUCUAUACCCUCCCUGCCGGCUUCAGAUCUUGGGUGAAGAUCUACAAGAUCAUGCGUCGUGACGGAGCCGCCAAAACAAACCUAUCAGACUUCUAUCUCAUCACUGAUUUCAGCAAGUACAACGACCCUCGACCUCUCGAGAACAGAACGUCCGAUCCUCUCCUUGUCCUGUUUGAAUGGAAGUCUCCCACAUACGAGUACAUUGAGGAUAUCCUCUCUACGACGAUCUGGAACACUCUUGGUUCUCUGGCGGGCGUAUUCGUCACACUCAUCAAGGCGGGGGAGUAUUUCUACGCCUGGAUCAAAAGAAUGAGAAGGGAGCGACAUAAGAAGUUGCUGAAACUCCGGGAGAUAGAGGAGGAGAGGCGGAGAAUGAUGGCCGAGUACGAACAGAAGAGAGAGGAGAAGAGGAGACAGAGACUGGCCGAGAGCCAGGAAAGACUCAACAAUGUCGUUAAGGAACGAGUGAUGUCACAAUGACAUCAUCAUUUCUAUUUAUUAUCACAAUAUUUCAUGGUAUAUAAAAUCACAGUAUUAUGUGUUUUGUUGUGUAUAUAGCUAAAUGAAAUGUUUCUAUGCAUCUUCUUCAGCGGCUGCGGCUGCUUGUCUUUCUUGUGACACCUGAGGAGGGGAAGACAAAAUGAGAGAAAGAGAGAGGGAGGGGGAAGGUCACCUCUUCUGAGUCUGCUCGUUCGUCUUCCGUAAACUCUUCUUUGUCCAGCCGCUCCAACUUUGGAAGAGCCACCAGCACCUAAGACAGACACACACAC